AUGUGCAUACUGCAAAACCAUUCAUUGACAACAGAUCUAUUUAUUUGUACAGUUGAAGACGAGAUUGUUGGAACUUUAACAGGUUUUGACGACUACGUCAAUAUGGUAUUAGAAGAUGUUGUGGAGUACGAAAAUACGGUUGACGGUAAAAGAGUAACGAAAUUAGAUACCAUUUUACUGAAUGGUAAUCAUAUCACAAUGUUGGUACCUGGAGGCGAAGGUCCUGAAGUUUAA